UAUUAAAACUAACCAACUAAAAUUAAACUUAUUAUUAUUGUUUGAAAUAGCAAAUCAUGUAAAAGAGUAAUUUGAUGUUUAGACUGUAUCUUCAGAAGUAAAUGAGGCUGAGUCCAUAAGGUUUUACUCUGUUAGGAGUGGAUUACGGGACUAAAUUUUUAGGACUUUCUAUUACAGAUACUAAACUUAAAAAAGCAUAUAUGCUUGAAACAAUUGAAACAGCUGGAGAUGCUAGGACUUUUAACAAUCCUAUUGUGAUCGCUAAAUUAAAGAAGCAUAUUUAAAAAGAGAAUGUAAAAGGUUUAGUUAUUGGCGCUACUAACUUUAAGAGGUUUUUUGAUGCUGAGAUAAAUUUUAUGAUAAAUAAAGUGGAUUCAAACAUUCCAUUCACAACUGUUGAUGAAUCAUUUACUACUUUUGCUUCAAAGCAAAUACUAGAAGAAAUAGCUUUUAAUUAUAACGAAAAUCUAAAUCUUAAAUAGCACAAAGAUUUAAAAGACGGUAUAUCUGCAAUGCUUAUUCUACAAAUAUUCUUAGACUACUAUAAUAAAUGAAUAGUCUUUCCUCUGUCACUAUCUUUAUUUAUUUAAAACUUCAAAAGUAUUUAUUUAGGAUUAAUAAUGAAUAUUUGAAUUAGGUAUUGUAAUUUAUUCCAUUAUUUACAAAUAUUAGUUAUAAAUUUAUU